GAGGGAGGAUGACCAGACACAUUCCUGUCCAACUAAAUGAUGAACCAGAGAGCCCUGCAGACAGCCGCUCAUCCAGAAGGAUUGUUCUUCUUGGUAAAACUGGUGCUGGCAAGAGUGCAGCUGGAAACACAAUACUUGGAAGGAAAGAGUUUAAAUCUGAGCUUAGUAUGGAUUCAGUUACAAGUGAAUGUUCAGAGAGACACGCCACUGUUUCAGACAGAUCUGUGUCUGUAGUUGAUACUCCUGGAUUAUUUGACACACAGAUGACACAGGAGGACAUAAAGAUGGAGAUAGCAAGAAGUGUUUAUUUAUCCAGUCCUGGACCACAUGCUUUCCUCAUUGUGUUUCCUGUGAAUAUGAGAUUCACUGAACAUGAGCAGCAGAUUCCUCAGCAGAUUGAGAUGAUGUUCGGUCAGGGGGUGUUAAAAUACUCCAUCAUUCUCUUCACUUAUGGAGAUCUGCUAAAAAAAAAGAACAUAGAGGAACACAUUAAUGAGAACAUUAAAUUUAGGCAUCUAGUCCAGCAGUGUGGAGACAGAUUUCAUGUCUUCAACAAUGAAAAUGAGAGUAACAGAGAGCAGGUGACAGAUCUGCUGGAGAAGAUUGACACAAUGAUAGAGCAGAAUGGAGGUUACUAUAGUAAUCAGAUGUAUGAAGAUGCUUACAGAUUCAGACAAUUGGAAGAAGAG